AACACCUGUGUUUUUGUUUGUCGUAGAUAAUUCGCUUACGUGGUAAAUAUAGUUGUCAGAAGUUGAACGGAAACAUGUAGUUUCUUUCUGCUUUAACACACAAAUUCGUAUGUUCUCUUAGUGAGAACACAAAGUGACCUGCUGCUCCAGAGCAUGUUAGCAUUCAUUCAUAAUAACAGGCUGUAAUUGGAUGUGGAGCAGCCAGAGGGCAGCCAUCUUGGAUAUCUCAUCUUCACCUGACAAGAUACAUUACUCUUUUGCAUUCCUUUUACUGAAGCAUUUCACUUGCCCUGGCAAACAUGAAUCCAGGUCGACAUGAUGAACUGACGGAGGCAGAUGAUCUGCUGUGGCCACCUAAAAGUGAGAGGCUGAGUGAAGAAGACGACACUGGCUAAAGAGCACACAGGAACCUCGCUGCAACACAAGAGAGCAAGAAGAGAGAGCUAAACGUCAGCCUCUUCAUCAUUGUCCUCCUCACCAUAGUCGUCAUGAUGUCGGUACCGCAGAAGCGCGAGGCAACAUCCUCCGUCCAGUUAUGCAGGAUCAUGCGUCCAGACGAUGCCAACAUCGUGGGCAACGUCCAUGGCGGACACAUCCUCAAGAUGAUCGAGGAAGCUGGUUGCAUCAUCAGCACAAGGCACUGCAACACACAGAAUGGGGACCGCUCUUUGGCUCUUCUGGUCCGGGUGGAGAAGACAGAGUUCCUGUCUCCUGUGUUCAUCGGUGAGGUUGCCCACGUGACAGCUGAGAUCACGUACAGCUCCAAGCACUCAAUGGAGGUGCAGGUCAAAGUCAUGGCUGAGAACAUCCUCACAGGUACAAAAAAGCUGGCCAACAAGGCAGCGUUGUGGUACGUCCCCUGCUCGCUGCAAAAUGUCGACAAGAUUACGGAGGUGCCUCCCAUCAAGUAUGCCAGUGCAGAGGAAGAAGAGGAGGGCAGGAAGCGCUACGAGGGUCAGAAGAUGGAGAGACUGGAGACCAAACUGAGGAUUGAAGCCGUGGCGUCCCCUUCGCCCAACCCAGAAAAGCACACCGUUGGUUUCAGCCAGUCCAGCCUGAUCCAUCUUGUGGGGCCCUCUGACUGCACCAUACAUGACUACGUUAAUGGAGGUGUGACCAUGAAGCUGAUGGACGAGGUCGCCGGCAUAGUGGCAUUCCGACACUGCGAGACAAACAUUGUCACCGCCUCUGUGGAUGCCAUCAACUUCCAUCAGAAGAUCAAGAAAGGCGCUGUGGUGACCGUGACGGGCCGCCUCACCUUUGUCAGUAGCAGGUCAAUGGAAAUCGAAGUGUUGGUAGAUGUUUCCCCGCUGAUCGCGACAGAAAAAGGGAAGUAUCAUGCCGUCUCUGCCUUCUUCACCUUCAUCUCCCUGGAUAAGGACAAUAAGCCGCUCCCUGUUCCUCCUCUUAAGAUUGAAGGAGAGGAGGAGCAGAGACGUUUUGAAGAGGGCAAAGCACGUUACCUCCAGAAUAAAGCGAAGAGACUUGCCGAACAGCAGCGCCAGCAGUGACGCCGCUGCGUCAACAGAACAUCACGACGCCUGCGACACUCGACACUACACAACACACGUACAAUAUGAAGGAGUUGGCAUCCCCCUCUCCUCCUCUGUAACCGUAGCUUCGUGUUAAUCUUAAACCUGUGAUUGUCCUUAUUUGUGCUGUGCACCACAGUGUCCCCAAAUAUCUCUAUGUGUAUAUAAAAGUCAGAGUACAUA